AUGGCUCCCAUUACCACGAAGAUGGCUGCGAACGAUUUCCUUGACUUCGUAAAUGCGUCGCCCACACCUUAUCAUGCCGUGAGAUCGGUCAAGGCCAAGCUGAGCAAGGCAGGCUUCACAGAGAUCAAAAUCGUAGGAGAAAGAGUCAUGGGCAUCGACCUGCCAGCCAGGCGGAAAGUACUACCUGACGAGGAAUGGCUCUACGAUCGUGGCUUUCGCUAUCGGAAAGAAAUGGAGGCCGGGCAACGCCAUUGCAUGAUUGGCGCCCAUACGGACUCGCCAUGCCUGAAGAUCAAGCCAGUCAGCAAGAAGCAAGGAGAUGGUUUUAUUCAGGUUGGCGUGGAGACGUAUGGCGGUGGUCUGUGGCACACCUGGUUCGACCGCGACCUGGGUCUUGCUGGACGAGCUAUGGUGAGAGGAAAGGACGGCAACGUCGUUCAGAAGCUCGUCCACAUUCACAAGCCUCUCCUUCGUAUUCCUACUCUUGCCAUCCAUCUCGAUCGCCAGGAGAAGUUCGAGUUCAACAAGGAGACUCAACUGUUUCCCAUCGCCGGUCUGAUCACAGCAGAGCUGAAGAGAGUGGAGAAGAAUAAGGGUAAUGCUGUUGAGGAGCCAGAGGCGGACGACAAGCCUUUCAGUCCCCUCAAGACCAUCACGACAAGACAUCACUCUCACAUUGUUGAGCUUAUCGCAGCAGAUGCUGGUGUGGAGGCCGCAGAUGUGGUGGACUUCGAGAUUGUGCUCUACGACACCCAGAAAGCGUGCCUGGGCGGCUUGACGGACGAAUUCAUCUUCUCGGCUCGACUUGAUAACUUAAACCAGACCUAUUGCGCCACCGAAGGUCUUAUUCAGUCGAUACGGGCAAAGAACGCCCUCGACGACGAGUCCCAGGGGGCCUUUGGCAUGAUGCUUCCAGGCAUCUUGCGCAGAAUCUCGGUCUUGCCCUCAUCAUCCUUCGCCGAUGAGUCGUCAGAAAAGUCGUACGACAAGACCACUGAGCCCGAUCUGUCCACGUCCUUCGAACAGAGCAUGUCCAGCUCUUUUCUACUCUCCGCCGACAUGGCUCACUCGGUCAAUCCGAACUAUGGCGGCAAAUACGAAUCCGAUCACCGCCCGGAAAUAAACAAAGGGCCUGUCAUCAAAGUCAACGCUAACGCGAGGUACGCGACCAAUUCACCAGGUAUUGUGCUUCUGCAGGAGGUGGCACGGAAAGCAGCCAAAAUUACAGAUGACGAUGCAGAGGGCGUGCCUCUGCAGCUUUUCGUGGUCAGAAAUGACUCGAGCUGUGGUAGCACGAUCGGACCAAUGCUUUCUGCUCAUCUAGGCGCAAGGACACUGGAUCUGGGCAAUCCUCAGUUGUCUAUGCAUUCAUGCCGUGAGACCGGUGGUGCAGAUGAUGUCCAUCAUGCCGUCAGACUCUUCAGCAGCUUUUUCCAGCACUAUUCGGCGCUUGAGAAGACGAUACUGGUCGAUUGA